GUCCCUCCCCCCGCCCAAUGUCCAUACCCACCCCAGGCAAGGGCCGCUUCUCUGGCAUCCCUACGCCAGGCAAGAGCGCCAUCCCCACCCCAGGCAGGUUCCGUUCUGCAUCAACCACCCAGCAGCAACCGCAGCCCCAAGAAGACGAAUACAUCUCAAGAGCCUUCGCAGACGCGAUCAAAGCCAACGACCCUGCUCAGCACCGCUCCAGUCGCGCGAGCGACGCUUCAGUCGCGUCUCUGUCCGUGUCCUCCGCGUCCCAGUCCUCCUUGAGCGGCCGUCAGUCCGCAAAUGGCAGGUCGCCUUCCGUAGCCUCUUCCUCCUCCGCUGUGAGCCCCGUACCUCCUCGCACUCCCGCGCCAGCCUCGAGGGGCUCAGUGCCACGCCCCGCCAGUCGCCAGUCCGAUGUGUUCGCACGCAGCUCCAGCCGCGCAGGCAGGACAUUCGAGGAGGGCGACAAUGUCCGUAUCGAGUCUCUGGGAUUCGAAGGCACACUGCGAUAUCUGGGCGAAAUCGACGGCAAGCCUGGUCACUGGGCUGGUGUUGAGUUGAGCGGAGGCUUCGUCGGCAAAGGAAAGAAUAACGGAAUUGUGAACGGGAAACAGUACUUCGUCUGUCCCCCCAAUUGCGGCGUCUUUGUCGCAAGCACCAAACUAUCCGCCCCCACCGUAGGCUAUGGAUCAUCACGGCCGUCAUCCGUAGCAUCCUCACGUAGCGGGCGCGUCACCCCGUCUGUCUCGCAGUCCGGCAGGAUCACUCCAUCCGCGUCCGGCACCCUCGCCAACGGUCGCAGGACCCCCUCACACUCUUUCGGCGGUGGGCGCGUCACUCCAUCUUUGGGCAACGGUCGAGUAACGCCGUCCGCAUCGGUAGGACGCAGGACGCCUGGCAUCCCUGGUCCUACAGGUAAGGGUCGAGCCUCCUUGUCACAGAGUGCAAUGGAUACGACCACUCCGGUACGACCUGGCGCGAAGUCGGCUACGGGGAUCAUUACUCCCGGAUCGCGCGCAUCGAAGUACGUCGGCGUGACCGCGCAGCAACUCGAUUCACGCAGCUCAGGUCCCGGCAGCCCUUCUGCCAAAUCAUUUGGAAACAACAGCCCGACAAGGAUUGGCGGUUUCGCCUCGACACAUUUAUCAUCCCCUACGCACCCUUCAUCCCCCUUCAAUACCCCCAAAGCGCCUGGAAGUGGUCGUCCUUCGGGGAUCGGGAUGGGUAUCCCAUCGACCUCGACGACCCCCUCAAAGUCUCGACCUUCCUUGAACACGCCUCGUCCCCGUAUACCCAGUGCCAUCGCUAUGCCGCCUCCGGCAUCUCCCUCGUCUGCAGCGCGUUCAGUCUCCUUGAACGACGCAGGAGGUGGGGCUGAUUCUGGUUCACUAAUGGAUCUGCAAAAGAAUCAGAGGAACAUUGAGGAGAGGAUGGCAGACAUCAUGGGUACUCGUAUGGCUUCUCCUUCCCGUCCCACCUCUUCGACGUCCGUGCGCUCGAGCUCAGCAGGUGACUUCCAGCUUCGUCUCGAUCAGAUGCAGGCGAGGAUGGAUGCGCUGGAGUAUGAGAACCAGCAGUUGCGCACGAAUGCAGAGUCUUCCGCGGACAAUUCCAAGCGUCUCGAGGUACUCCUGGUUGAUCAGAAGCAGACGGGGAGUAAGAUUGCGGAGCUCGAGUCGCUGGUCAGGACCACCGAACGCACCGUCAGCGAACGAGAUUCGACGAUCGAAGCUCUGGAGCGUGCUGCGCAGCAAGUGUCUCUGGAUAUCGACAAAACGAAGAAUGAUGCCGAAGCGCGAGUGCGGGAUAUCCAGUCCAAGCUCGACGAUAGGGAUGCAUUGGUCACGAACCUGAAGGAGGCUCUCCAGACGAAGGAGGGCCUUCAGAGCGAGAACGAUGCUGUCUUGCGUGCCAAAGACGCCGAGAUCGGCCUGCUGGAGGCUCGGGUACAGAAGGCGUACAACGACCUCGAGGACGAGCGCCGGGAGCUUGGAGGCCAGGUCGACGAGUUGCGGAGGGCCGGACAGGAAACCAUCGCCCUGUACGAAGAGCGUCUGAGUGCGGCAGACACUCGGCGGUACGAGCUCGAAGACUUGGUUGCCAAUCUGGAGGAGCAGCUUCGUACACAGGUGCAGCCUCUGUCACCACUGACGGCGCAGCGUCAAGCAGCGUCUGCCGCGGAGAUCGACAACGAGAGCCUCCGCGAGCAAGUGCAGCAUCUCCAAAAGAGAAUCACCAUGCUCGAAGACCAACUCGAGGAGGCGCAUUCGACGUUCGAUCGUGAAGAGGCUGCAGUGCGCGAGAGAGUGAAGCGCUACAAGGAGAGGGAGGAGAACAUGCGUAAGGAGUUGGCCGAAAGCAAGAAACAGGUGGAUCAGGUCAACAAGUCAGAGGAAAGCGCUAGACACCGGGUGGAAGAGAUGGUGGAGGCAUUAAGGGAGAACACAGUCGCCCUCGAGAAUGCCCGUGCUGAAAUCGAAGUUCUCAGGAAUGAGAUUGCGGACCUCGAGGGUCUCACAGCGAGCAAUUCGUCAGAGAAGGUGGCUGAGAUCGCACAACGAACCAGCCAGGAGCGCGCUCGUCUCACCGAGGAGAUUACGUCCCUCCGACAAAAGCUCACUGAAUUGCAAAGCCAGCCUCAGCAGUCUGAUGGCGACUCCGGGGAACUAUACGAGCAGAAUCGCGCACUCAAAUCCACUAUCGACCUCUUGCAGUCGGAAUGCGAUCAACGGGAUGCAGAACUUGCCAGCAAACAUCAGGCUAUCACCGAUCUCGAGUCGUUGGUGGAGGAGCGGACCGCAGAGCUGGACAGCGUUCGCAAGAAGGUUGGUCGCGAUACCACUGUGAACGGAGGAGAUUCGGGUAAGGUCACACCGUCCAAGCACGACCUCACGAACGCUAGGGAAGAGAUCACUGGCCUGAAACAUAUCGUCCAGGAGCUGCAGAAAGAAAUUUCUGCAGCAGCCCAGAGGAACAAGGUUCUUGAGUCUGAGAAUAAACUCCUGUUGACCGAAACCGAGCAACUCCGCCAGGAUCUCAAGGUGCUCGAAGAGAGUGUGGAGCAGAGCAUCAUGCGAGAGGAACAGGCUCUGAUAUCUGGGAUUGAUGUCUCGACAGCAUCUGGCUCCACCGAUGUUGCAGCAUUACAACGGAAGUACGACGCUGAGCUAGAGCAGCUGCGCAAGAAGCUGGCAGAAGCUGAAAUGAAGAGUGCCCGAACUAUACACGAUCUCAACAAAGAGAUUGGCGAAUUGGAGACGCUUGUGGAAUCGAAGAUUUACCGCGAGGACGAAUUUGAACGGGAACUGGAGCGCCUCCGAGAUAAAGUCGCGCGGUCACAGAAGAAGUCGUCCAAGAAUUCCACAGAGCCGCCUGCGCAAAACUCCCCAGGGCCAGGUGAAGGCAAAGUGGUCAACGCCAACUCGGUUCAGUACUCUCAAGACGUCUGUGAAAUCUGCGAACGCCCAGGUCACGACAUUUUCUCCUGUGAUCUUCUCAAAGAUGGUAUGCCUUCGGGAGGCUCUGUAACAUCCAGCGCAAGCGCCUCCGAAGAGCUGUUCUGCGAAGACUGUGAAGGCAGGGGUCACGUCGCUGAAAAUUGUCCACAUUCAUUGGACGUCUUCUAAAUCCAUUCAGUUCGUCAUUCACCCUUUUGAUGUUUGUGAAAUGGCCACCUCACUUGUACAAGUCAAUCAGCAUAUUGCUCUGACUCCUACCACCUAUCAAUGAUUACUUGCCUGUUCCCUCAAUUGUUGCAUUGUUUUCACAUUUAUACCCCAUUCUACCUGCAUGAAGACAUCAUCACUUGCUUGAUUACUUUCAUGUGAACUUAGCAUUACUGUAAUUCCUAGUAGCAGAAAAGGCUAACAAAGGUAUAUGAAGUAUGAUAAUGAUCAGACCAUUCUUCAUGAGGUAUUACUGUACUGUAUCGGGCCGGGAUCUCGGUCACCUAAGCUUCGCAAAGGCCGCUCUCACUCAUAGACAUAUACCAUAUUUUGA